ACACCUUCUCACACUUCAGCAACACUCAAAAUGACUGCAUCACACCUCUCCCCCGCCGAAAUCGACGCCCUGACCCUCCCCUCCUUCGAUGCUUUAACCCUUGACCCCGCCGGCCCACCCGGAAACAUAUGGGGCCUGUACGGCUCCGCCGACGAGCUGGGCAUGCUGAACUUGCUGACGCCGUCGACGGUCGCUGCGGCUGCACGCGAGGAGAUCCGCACAGGCGUGCGCGUGUCGCUGGAUCUGCCGCUGAAUGUGCCGCCAAGGCCUUGUUUUGGGCGGCAAGAAUUUUCCCAUGAGGUCCGCCAUAGGGGACAGGGGAGGGUUGUUAACGAUGAUGUCCUGUGUUUUAAUACGCAGGCCAGUACCCAGUGGGAUGGCUUUCGACACUGUGGAAACCACAAACUGCAGCGUUUCUACAUGAACCACACACAGGAAGAAGUGCACAACACCACCGUCCUCGGCACAGACGCCUGGCUCCGCAACGGCGGCAUCCAAGGCCGGGGCAUCCUCAUCGACUGGGCGAGCUGGAAAACCGCCCGCGGCGACACCCUACCCGACCCCUUCAGCUCGACACCCGUCCCACUCGCCGAGGUCCAGCAAAUCCUCGCCGAAACGCACGUCACGCCUCGCAGGGGCGACAUCCUGUUCCUGCGCACCGGCGUCGACGCCGCCAUCAAGGCUCUCAGCGAAACCGCCUCCGCGGAGCUCGCUGCACGCCCUGAACCGAAUUUCUUGGGUCUUGAGGCUGGGGAAGACACGCUGCGCUGGCUAUGGUCGUGCGGAUUUGCGGCUGUCGCGAGCGAUUGCCCGAGUUUUGAGCGGGCGCCUGUCGCGGGGCCGCAUGCGGAUUUGGAGCAUACGCUGCAUCAGUGGUGUCUUGCGGCGUGGGGGAUGCCGAUUGGAGAGUUGUUUGAUUUGGAAGAGGUCGCGGGGAGGUGUAAGGAGGACGGGAGGUGGAGCUUUUUUGUGUCCAGUGUGCCGUUGAAGGUGCCUGGUGGGGUGGCAAGCCCGCCGAAUGCUGUAGCGAUUUUUUAAGGAGUAGGGUGAGUUUUACUGGCCUUUUAAUUGAUAUGUUUAUAUUGUGGAAUGAGGGUCAAGAAAGGAGAGUGAAGCAGAUGCCAAAUGAACG